UUCGAUAUGUAGGUAUCGAAAUUGUUUCUUAACGUCUUAAGAAGAUUUAAGAGGGUUAAGAAGCUUCUUAAGGACGUUAAGAGCGGGAAAGAAAGAUUCUCCCAACCUGUCCUAGGUCCUUCAGUGCCAGUUCCCGCCAAUCAGCUGAUCGCCACCGGUGCCGUACCAUUGUAUCCUGGCUGCCAGCAAUGUGUACCACUCGCUAAGUCCACAUGUACUGUUUGCGCACGGGCGGGGUCGUGGGACGCCGCUUUCUAUAACGAUUUAUUGAUCUUAGACGCCAUUUUAAAAAUGAGGCCAUGGAAAGAUAGCAAGAACUUGUUGGCAACAAAUAUUCUGAGGGAGAGAGGGAGAGAGCAACUAUACACAAGGAAUCCAUGCAGUAACUUGGAUAGGAUCUUCAACUUUCAAGGGAAGAAGAUACGGGACCAGGAAUUACUGCACCUGAACUGUUGACAAGUUGGGAGUUGAACUCCACAUUUGGACCAUAUUGCAACAAUAAGGAUUGGGCUUCUUAAAUUAAUCAAAGAGCAGAAGCUUCAAAAACCAACAUUUCUGCAACAGCAAUGGAAUAACUGGUUCAAGAACCAUCUUCCAACUUCUUAAAGAAGGAAAAAAAAAAGUGUAGGUCAUUGACAAACAUUUGUGCUGACCUCGGCUGAAGUUACUAAGAACAAUGAAGUCAAGGACAAUGGAUCACGUCCUUAUAUGGAUAUUAGUUCUCUUGUUUCCAUGGCAACCGUGCCUGGCCCUAGAGACGAGUAAGUGUGAGGAGGAGCUAGACGGAGAGACGGUUUACUACGCCUGUCUCGGCGCGGCGUCUGACCUAUCAGAACUCCCGUUUGACCUGACGGUCACACCUGCGGAAUACACCUGUGGGAGUGAAAUCAACGGACAGGUGUACAAUGACUAUGCCACACAGGAUUCUCUAGACUCUGAGAAGCUGGAAUGCUCCUUGAAUGACAGGCAUCCCCGUUUCAUGUAUGAUGAGGACCAAGAGAGCUAUUGGCAGUCUAUCAGCUGGCUCCUGUACCCCACACCCCUACAUAUAAACAUCACCCUCUCAUUUACUACUCUCCACGAACUCCGCAACGAUAUUGAGGUCGCCAUGCCAACAGCCCGUCCGCGCGAAAUGGUAAUCGAGAAAUCUCUUGACAAUGGGCAAACCUGGCAUCCUAUGCAGUACUACGCCUACAACUGCCGCGAGGCUUUUGACUUGGAAGACCAGGAACAGAGUGCAGUUUCACUGGACAGUGCCGCGGAGAUUACCUGUACAAGUGAAGACAGUGACGCACUACCUAUUGUAGGGGAGUGGCGGGACCAAACUGUCGCCUUCGAGAAGUUGACGCAGCUAAACAGAAACUUGGGCCCUGUGGGGAUUUUAGAGCAGUUCGAGAAUGACGCCUUUCGGGAACUUUUUGUCUUCACGGACUUGAGAAUUCAGUUGCUCUAUCCGGCCACAGACGGGGAGGAGGUCUCCUCAGAUCUGUUGUCAAAGCUUCAGUACUACUACACGGUCUCUGAUAUAAAACUUGCAGCAAGCUGUUACUGCAAUCUGCAUGGGAUUUACUGUAAGGAGAACGGCACGGUGUGUGAGUGCCAACACAACACGGCCGGGCCCAACUGUGAGCGGUGCCUCCCGCUCUACAACAACAGGCCAUGGAUGCGGGGGUCCUACCUACCACCACCAGGGGGGACUGCAAACGAGUGUCAGAAAUGUAACUGUAACGACCAUGCGGACAGCUGUGUGUAUAACGCCACCGUCGGCCAUGGCGUGUGUCAGGAUUGCCAACACAACACGACGGGCGUGAACUGUUCCGACUGUCAAACAGGAUUCUUCCCCAACAGCUCACUACCUGUCAACCAUUCAGGCAUCUGCAUAGCUUGCAGCUGCGAACCUCUGGGUGUCCGGGACAACGACACGUCAUGUGACCCGCUGACCGGACAGUGCCACUGCAAAGCGGGGGUGACAGGGCUCCACUGUGACCAGUGUGCAACAGGGACGUACGGACUCCUCUUGGAGGAUUUUCCUGGGGAAUGCAAAAACUGCAGCUGUAACAUAUUGGGAACACAGGACAGUGUGGACCUGUGUGACCAGACCACAGGGCAGUGCCCAUGUAAGAACACCACAGAUACAGCCACAUGUAGCAGCUGUAAGGACAAAUACUGGAGGUUCCCUGAAAACUCAGACCAGAACGCCAUCAACGCUUAA